AUGAAGGAUUUGCCUUCUGGUUUUCAGAUUGCAUCCUUGACGGUGACAGCCGUCCCCACUGUCCUAUGCCUUAUGACUUCUGACUCCCCAGAUCCGCCUGCCACUGCCUCCUUAUGGGACUUCACCAAGGUCAGGGCCACAGUUCAGGACAGUGGUUCCUACCUGCCUGUCAUUGGUGGCACUCGGGACUUCCUGCUUGCCGGCAUGGAGUGGCAUUGGUCUGAGAAUAGUGCCUCGAACCCAGGCUCAGGCGCAGGAGCGACGAGGCUACAGGGGAAGUCCAGCUUUGUCUGCAAGUUCGAGUCCUCUCCAGCAGGCGACGGGAGGCACUGCCUGGGUGUGUUUGACUUUGAGUCGGAUCCUCACCGCGUGAAGGCGAGGACCGCGCUGGCCUUGCUGGCGAUUGGGUUCUUUGUGAACUUCCCAUCAGCCAAGCAGUACUUCAGCCAGUUCAAGCACAUGGAGGACCCCUUGGAGAUGGAGAGGAGUCCCCAGCUGCGGAAGCAUGCCUGCCGGGUCAUGGGGGCCCUCAACACUGUCGUGGAGAACCUGCAUGACCCAGACAAGGUGUCCUCUGUGCUCGCCCUGGUCGGCAAAGCUCAUGCCCUCAAGCACAAGGUGGAACCUGUCUACUUCAAGAUUCUCUCUGGGGUCAUUCUGGAGGUGAUCGCCGAGGAGUUUGCCAAUGACUUCCCUCCUGAGACGCAGAAAGCCUGGGCCAAGCUGCGUGGUCUCAUCUACAGCCACGUGACCGCUGCCUACAAGGAAGUGGGCUGGGUACAGCAGGUCCCCAACACUGCCACGUGAGGAGGGGGUGAGGGUGGGCUGGGCAGUCUCCCUGCUGUGUCCUCUCUUGCCCCCUAGGCUUCCCAUCUCUCCUGGGACCAGGGACUGACUGCUGGGGCAGGAACCCUCCAGGCAUGCAGACACAGGAGUCUGAUACACUUCAAAGCAGGCACAACACAAAGGACCCGCGUGACAGCACCCUUCUGACUUAAGGCCCGCUUGUCCAGCCCCUGCUCUUGUCUGCACAGAGCUGAGAAGUAGAUUUGUCUGGGCAGUGCUU